GGCGUGCGCGGUGACGGCCCGCGUCCCUGUUACUCAGCGGAGUGGUCGAGGCCGGACGACGCGUCCCGGAGCACGGAGCCACCAGCCAGCGCUGGGUAACGGCCACGGCGACUGCCCGGACGGCGCGGGUCUCCGCGGUGUGUUUCCCUGUCCUCGUCUGCCACGCUGCGGCUCAACUCUUCUACUAGAGAUGAGAGAUCAAAAGUAGACAAGGAAGACCACACAAGAGAAUUCCUUAUUGGACCCACCACUGCAACACCAGGGGACAACACAGGAUUGGGUGUCUUCUAGCUGCAAACCAACCUCUGGGUGAACUUUUGGAUGAAGCCAUUAAAUUAAGUGCUUGCCAUCAUGAGCAGAAGCAAGCGUGACAACAAUUUUUAUAGUGUAGAAAUUGGAGAUUCUACAUUCACAGUACUGAAACGAUACCAGAAUUUGAAACCCAUAGGCUCCGGAGCUCAAGGAAUAGUAUGUGCAGCUUAUGAUGCCAUUCUUGAAAGAAAUGUUGCUAUCAAGAAGCUAAGCCGGCCAUUUCAGAACCAAACACAUGCUAAGCGGGCCUACAGAGAGUUAGUUCUUAUGAAAUGUGUUAAUCACAAAAAUAUAAUUGGUCUUUUGAAUGUUUUCACACCACAGAAAUCUCUAGAAGAAUUUCAAGAUGUUUACAUAGUAAUGGAGCUCAUGGAUGCAAAUCUUUGCCAAGUGAUUCAGAUGGAACUAGAUCAUGAAAGAAUGUCCUACCUUCUCUAUCAGAUGCUGUGUGGAAUCAAGCACCUUCACUCAGCUGGAAUUAUUCAUCGGGACUUAAAGCCCAGUAAUAUAGUAGUGAAAUCAGACUGCACUUUGAAGAUUCUUGACUUUGGCCUGGCGAGGACUGCAGGAACAAGUUUUAUGAUGACACCUUAUGUAGUAACUCGCUACUACAGAGCACCUGAGGUCAUCCUAGGCAUGGGCUACAAGGAGAACGUUGACAUUUGGUCAGUUGGGUGCAUCAUGGGAGAAAUGAUCAAAGGUGGUGUUUUGUUCCCAGGUACAGAUCAUAUUGAUCAGUGGAAUAAAGUUAUUGAACAGCUUGGAACGCCAUGUCCUGAGUUCAUGAAGAAACUGCAGCCAACAGUAAGGACAUACGUUGAGAACAGACCCAAAUAUGCUGGGUACAGCUUUGAGAAGCUCUUCCCCGAUGUGCUGUUUCCAGCCGACUCAGAGCACAACAAACUGAAAGCCAGUCAGGCAAGGGAUUUGUUGUCCAAAAUGCUGGUAAUAGAUGCAUCCAAAAGGAUCUCAGUAGAUGAAGCGCUGCAGCACCCCUAUAUCAACGUCUGGUAUGACCCUUCAGAAGCAGAAGCCCCACCACCAAAGAUCCCUGACAAGCAGUUGGAUGAAAGGGAACACACAAUAGAAGAAUGGAAAGAAUUGAUAUACAAGGAAGUGAUGGAUUUAGAAGAGAGAACCAAGAAUGGAGUUAUACGGGGGCAGCCAUCUCCUUUAGGUGCAGCAAUGAUCAAUGGCUCUCAGCAUCCAUCGUCAUCGUCGUCUGUCAAUGAUGUGUCUUCAAUGUCAACAGAUCCGACGUUGGCCUCGGAUACAGACAGCAGUCUGGAAGCCUCAGCUGGACCUCUGGGCUGCUGUAGAUGACUACUUGGGCCUUGUUGGGGGUGGGGAGGGAUGGGAGUCAGUUAGUCAUGGAUAGAACUACUUUGAAAACAAUUCAGUGGUCUUAUUUUUGAGUGAUUUUUUUCAAAAAAAAUGUAGAAUUCAUUUUUUUAGUAAAGUAGUUUAUUUUUUUUAAUUUUAAGUGAUGUAAUUUAAAACCUAAGUUGUAUUUUAAAACAGCAACAAAACUGUAUUGUAUUUUUGCUGUAAUUAAGUGUAUAAUGUAAACCUAAUUAUUUUAUCAUGGUUUAAAUUUUUGCAUAUUUGCUUUAUCUUAUGCUGCUGAUUUUUUUUACUGAAUUUGUAAGAUUUUGUUUAUCAAAGCAACUAUUAUGUGGUGACUUGCCUAUAUCAUGACUUAUUUAAGAUUUUUAUAGUUUUUUUAUUAGAAUUUAUUUCAGAUGUUUGUUCAUGAUGCUAUCCUUCAGGGUUAUGUGCAUAUCAAUGAAAUAACCCAGAGGAGUGAGGGAAGAUAACCUGUAGCCGGUUACAUUCAGGAAUAACUACUGUAAAUGGUGAACGUGUCAAGAGGCCUCCAGUUACUUGCUAUUUGCCCAUAUGGUUUAGUUAGGAAAUUGGUAGGCAAGCCUACCUAAAUUCUUGUAAAAGCCCCAUCACGUAAAUGCAGAAUAACUCAGAGCAUGUCUUUUAAACGAGAUGCCAGGCACACAUGACCACCUCCUUGGUCUUUUCACCCCACUGACAGAAAGUCGACUCAAGGAAGAUGAUGUAUUCUGCACAUUUGUGGCAUGCUCAAAACUUACGAUCACAUAAAGUCAAGAGGAUACUUCAUGAAUAAUACAUUUCAACGCAAAUAAACAGAUCGUUCCCUUCUACUAGCUAUGAGCCUGUUUUUGUACACACUAGAGUUAAUUUCCUCAGGCCGUAGGUCCUAGCAGUGGUCUAGAGUCUGCUCUUUUCUCUUUAGUGCAGCCUCAGGCCCUUGGACCUUUCUGGUUUCCUACUCUCCUUGGAGGCUCAGUCAGUCAAGCACCAGUUCUCAUGGUGUCCUGGCAGCUGGUUCUACCUGUAGCAUCAUCAUAUUUACACUAGCUGACAGGAGGUCCCAAAGCCUACUGCAAUUUGUGUAGGUGACACAUCAAAUGAGCAAUAUAUAGUUCAUCUGAAAAUAGUAGCACACAGCCAUAUGUAGGAUAUCAUUUUCUAAGGACUGUUUCUUCACAUUGAGCAGAGCAGGCAUAAAUGGUGGUCAUUUAGUCCAAGUCUUUCAUUUUUUAUACCUGAUUUUCAAUAGAACACACGAUGUGGAUAUUGAAAAGUGUAAGAAUGGUGCUGCUCCUGACAAGUGUGUGUUAACUGUUUACAUUUUAUAUCAGCAGAUUUAUUUCUCUAUAACUGAAUUUCUCCUAAGUCGUGUCUCAUGAGUUCUGAAAUAAUGUCUGUAAAGGCCCAGGCACCUUUGUGGUAUCUGGAACAAGAGGGAUUUCAUGUACUGAACUGGGGAAUGCAUACUGACAUGAGCAGCGAGGUUCUAGGCAGAAGCCACUGGAGCAUGUGACCAGCAGGAAUAAGGACAGCUGCAACUCCGCAAAUGUCUGAAAGCUUGCUUGGCAUUUUAUUUCUGUAUUUACAGCAAACUUCUUCUGAAUAAGAUACUUUAGGUCAUUGUUAAUGUGCAAUAUGUAAGAUGAAAAUACAGUAGCCUUUUUAUAUACGUUGAAAUAUAGCAGGCUUGUCUUUGAUGGUCUAAAACCUUGAUUUCCGCCUCUCGGUUUUCAUGGAGAUCCUUUGUGACUCCUGUGAUAGAGUGUGUUCAUUUACUAGCAAAUUAGACUUUUGAGAAUAUGAUGCAAGCUGGAGAAUCACAGGAUUUGGAGUCGUGAUGUUAGCAGGAGUUUGAACAUGAGUGUGUUCUUAUUUUCCAUUAGUUUCAUAGAUAAUUAGCUUUGUCUUUUCUAGGGUAUGUUGUCACAAUUGCACUUUAACAGCUGACACACUUUCAGAAGUGUCCAGUGUUUUCUGUUUGGUUGCCACUAAGUCAUCUCUCAGUGACGCAAGGAAAGCCCGUUCUGACUGUCGCUUGUAAAUGCCAGCUCCCACUUGCCAACCAUGAUCUUUCAGUUGAAUUCAAAGAAAACAAACUCAUUGCUUAAUGUAAACUAAAAAAAUGCUUCACAAAUUAUGUCCUGAAAGAAAGGUCUGUUAUGAAAUGCUGCGUGCUCUACUUUUAAAAGAAAUAUAUUGUCUAAACACACUGUCCCUCUGUGCUUAAAAAAUGUUAAUAUGUAUUUGUUUAUUUUUGAGUCUUCAAGCAUCUUAAACAUUUGUUUUCGAAAAGAAAUUACAAAUAACAUUUCUGUCAAGCAGUACUUGUGUUAAGCCACCUUUCUUGUAAUUUGUUUUCAGUUUUAUAUUUCUAGUAUGCCAAUUGUCUUACUAUCAGAAAAAGUGUGGUAGCCAUGAAUUACUGUUCAGCUGCUGUAGAUUAGGAAAGACAUCCAUUCUUUGUCCAUGUGUCUCUUAUCCACUUGUGUGUGCUGACCAUUUGUAAAGAUACUGUUGUUGGGACUGUUUGGUUGUACUGUACAUGAACAGAGCCUGAGCCCCUUCACACAGUUUGCCCAGUCAUUUUCAUUGUGCCAUGAUCCUUAGGCUGCUGGUCCCCCCAAGCUAGAACAAGCACAGCGUGCUCAGAGAAGCAGCAGCCUCCUGAGCGAGAAGGGCCCAAGAGAUUGUGUAUAGAGGAGCAGUUUUCUGGGAGCUUUUCUGUUCCUCUGCUCUAGGCUGAUUGUACCAUGUUGUCCAAACAGAUGAAGGUGAAGAGGAACUGACCCCAGUCUCAGAGUGUGACCAGCAGCAGGCAAGUGAAGCCAAUUUCUAGGUUACAAAUCCAAUUUGGUUUACACUAUUGGCUAGUGUCUGCUACACCGUGGAGACUUCACUCUAGUCUGUGUUGCCUAGGCACUAGCCUGCACAACGUUCUAGGGUUAAAAAUAAUAUAUUUUCAGAAAUACUGUUGUAGUUUGUGAGUGUUAUUCAUUAGUCACACAUUAGUGUUAGAGUGGAUGCAUGAUGCCCCUUGACCCUUGAGUAGAAAAUGGAGCACCACCCUGCCCAUCAGUAGCAGCCCUCUCCAGCGUCGCCUCCCCAUGCCCUGUUGCGUUUAGUGUGCAUUGUGUUUCUACUGAGCUCUUAGGAUUUUCCUGAGUCACGGGAAAUUCAUUUGUCCUUAAUGAAUUGCAGGAAAGAUGACAACAUAAAAGGGCAUUCAAGCAGAAAUGUAUAGUCUGGGGUAAGAUUGGAAAAUUUGUCAGAAAACCGACAUCUUAAUUAUUUCAGAGUAACUGCUCUUUGUUGGAAGUGCUCUUCAGGAGAGUUUAGUAAGAGUCAACACUUCUGGCCAUUUCCGGCUUAGAUUCUCUUCAUCACUGAAACUUCUGAGAACCUACUACCUGUGGAUUUGUUUUGCACAAUGUUCUCUUCUCACAAUGACUUAAAAUUAAACUAGGUUUUUAUUGAACUACCUCACACUAAUUUUUCUAUGCUUUCUCAAGUAAGCUGUUGCCCUUCCUGUUAGAUCUUUACUGAGUGUGACUUUACUGUGCGUUGAGUACUUAGUGGACAGUACCUACCAGUAAGUGUGUAAAAUAGACAACCUUGCAUCAGUAGGAGACGCUCACAUGUAAAAUCUGUAAAUCUUGGAAAGUUGUGUUAGACAUGCUUGUGGACAUCAUUACUGUCUGUUUUUGUAAGUAGAAACCUGCUCGUGAUAUCAGUCCAUUCUUUACAUUUUACAAAAGGAGUAAAUCUUAGUAAAUUUUACGAAGAAAUAAAUUACUUUUGUAGGCCCAAUAUUUGGUAUAUUUUUGAGAAGCUGUUAAUCUUUUAGCUGAAUGAUGAAGUUAAGCUGAAGUAGCUGUCUACCUGGACUGAGACAUCUAUUUUCUCAUUGCAGUCUUUUUUUUUUUUUCCUGUCCAACAGGUCUUUGAACCUGGAGACCCAAGUAUGGUCUUUGAUGUUUGUUUGCUUUUCUCCCAGUUCAUGUCAUUCCUUCCUCCUCCUCCUCCCUACCUUCCCUCUGUUCUGUUUCUCCCUUUCCCCUGCUCUCCCCACUCCUGGCCUCCCUCUCCUGUAGACAAAACAGAAUGGGGCACUCUGUAGGGAAUGCUGAGAUCAUUAUUGUGGUUUUUAAUCAUUCAUGCCCUAGUCAUUGAACAUGCACCACUGGAAUGGAAACAAUGUUAUCUAGUAUGUCAACUGGUUAUAUUAUUUUAAAUAAAAAAGAAAAAAGUGGUAUGAA